GGCGGCCGCGCGCUACAUCACAUCACUUGAGCGAGAGCGCCCUCCACGCCUGUCAAUAAAAAUUGGAGAUUUUAUUCCCAACCAGCCAGGAUAAACCUGGAAUUUUCAGCUAACGGCUGGACUUCGCAGCCUAGAAUCUCUCAAGCUAGCGAUGAGCUGGUGGAAGGAACCCGAUAUGGGAGUACCCGCGGGGGAGCGGGAGGGAUGCGCGGCGGCGCGCAUGUGGCGUGCUGCGUGCGGCACGCUGCGCGCGCCCGACGCCGACGACGCCUGGAAGCAGAUCGUGGACACAUCGCCCUCGGAUGCCUUGUGGCACUCCAUCAGGAACUGUGUGGCGUAUCAGGCGGGUAUCUGGCAGAAAUUAAUAUCGAAAGGCAUUGAAGAUGUGGUUCAACCUGCAGCGUUCAAGCUGGCCAUAGUGUUACGUCACACGCCGUCAGAAGUCACGGUCAAGCUGCUCACAGAAUUGCUACGAUCACAUCCACAGUCGCAAGAUUUGACAUCCUACGUCCUUGCCUUACUGACAGACGACGAAGCUCAAUGGUGUGGAAGCUGCGGUGAAGGUGAAUCAGGCGGCGGCUCACCGACGGCGCCUCCGGGACCGGCGCCUCUGAGGGACCUCCAACUAUUCGGGGACUGUGAACUAGCUGUCCUAGCUGCUUCUAAGGAGGAAUAUGAUGCCCACGCUAAACUUGUGAGGGCGGAAUACUCCAAGCUCACCCAGGAACAUUAUGUGGAACUAAGGAUCAAAGUGCUCAACCAAUUCAAUCAAAUUCCAAAAUUAUUUCACACACCAGAGUUUGAAGAUUUAGAAUCGGCUGCAAGAGAAAACAUCGAACGGGAAAUUAGCACAUUGAGGGAACACCUCUCGGCCGCUAGAAAAGACUAAACUUUUUACUGUCGUGAUAAAAAAGAGCUGUUUGCUAUGGGUACACAAGUUAUGUAUGUCGUGUGAAUGUCACAGUUUACCAGUUAAAAUGGCAAUUCAACUUAUUUCAUUUAAAUAAUUUAACCAACUAUUCACCAAAAAAUUGUUCCUACAGCUAUUUCUGCUAAUAUUCAUGUUUUAAAUUAGGCAAUCUAUGCGAUUGAUUUGAUCAGUUUCCUGAUGAAUUGACUUAGCGAGAUUCUGUAGAAUCUGUUAUCUAUAUUCUUUAAAAGAAGUGUGAUUGACUAAUAAAACUGGUAGCCAGUGACAUUACUGUGAGGUGUCAUCAAUAGAAGGCUAAAUUCGAUCUAAUGUAUGUAUAAAUAUUGUCUUUAAAUAGUACACUGCAAAAUAUAAAUAAGGCAAGUGGUGCCGUCUUCCGUGCAUGACCACAUUAUUUAAAGUAGGUGAAAUAAAUGUAGUGUCUCAUCUGAUAAUUUGUUCUUUGCCGGGCUAGUGUUGUCAGAAGAUGACAUUGAAAUAAAGUUAUAAAGAGUCGAUUGAAAAUUUAAUAAUUCACCUUAGUCGAAUACUGUUACGACGCUCAAAAUUAAGUCUGUUUAGUUAUUAUUAUAAAAAGUCAGUACCAUAGUAAUGAUAAGACUAUUGUCUUGUCACCUGACAUUAACACUAACUUUAUCUGAGGUGGAAUUGUGUAAAGCAAUCGUAAUCAUUUGACAGUUCAUAACGUACGAUAAAGUCAGAUAAACAAAGCGUUUGACAGAAUAAUCGUACGUUAUGAACUGUCAAAUGAUUACGAUUGCUUUACACAAUUCCACCUCUGUUCAUAUAAAUAGGUAUGAUUCUGUAAAAUAAUUUCAGAUGAUGUGAUUUUAUAACAAUUGUAAUGUGAUGGGAGAUGUUCUAUGGAAAAAAGUGUUCAAUCUAAUCAUGGGAAACAAAAAUUGAUUGUGUUCAUUUUAAUAUCGUUUCAGUAUUCGGCUUUCUACACGACAUAAAUAAAAAUAUUAAUAUAAUUCGCAAGUAGUUAGUAAACUAGCGUCACACGCAAACGCAACACUUUGCAAAUGUACGAGAUGACGUAAUAAAAGCAGUUUUUUGUUUUAGUAAUAAUCAGGAAUAAUUUUAUUUAUGUUACACAACAGAUUUGCUUAUUUAUGCUGACAUUUCAGUUUUGAACUAAAUGUACUUAGGUUAGGAUAUUAAGCUUAAAAAGUAAUGACUUGGUCAUAAUUUGAAUAAUUUAGCAAGCGUUUUUAUUCAAAAUCAUAAUGAGUAUUAUGUAAUAAAUCUUAUGAGGGUUACCUUUACAGCUGUUGUAAUUUUUGUGUGUUAUUAAAAUAAAAAUAAAACUUUUGUUUCAAUAUUUUUA